AUGAGCCGAGUCGAUGUGCUGGCGGAUGACCGCGGCCUCCAAGGAUGCUUCAAGGUGGCUAACAUCCAGCAAGAAUGGGCGCAGGACUUUAUCACCAAGCACAAGUUGGUCACCCUGGACGACUAUAUCUACUCGGUUGCCCAUGAUACAUGGGAAAAGGGUGUGGAAACCUUGGUGUCCCAGGUUCCCACCCUCAGGGACAACAUGAUCGCGCUGGCGAGGUUUCGCAGCGCUUUUGACAUUGGCCGAGAGGCCUUGCGCCAGGCUGCAGCGCCAGCAACGAAGAGUGUCGAUUUGGACGAGCCUCUGCCAGAGGCGACCAUGAAGUCUCUCAACCAGGAUUGGGCUCGCCGGUACAAUUUGCAGCUGGAUCCGUCUUUGGAGCCCUGUGAGGCCCUCCGGUCCAGGCUGUACCAAGAGUUUCGGAAAGGCCAGCUCACGGUCAUUGAGGCUCGCAAAGUCAAGAGCGUUAUUACAGUGGCCCAGCCCAAGACACAAGGGUCGGUUACUUUGGGAGACAACCUCCACUUGGAAUUUGAGAAGGAGGAGGGUAUCCCGAUCAAGAGCUGUGUGGAAUAUUACCUGCAGAUGCGGGUGCUUGCUCAUGCUUUGGCAUGGGCGGGCAACUACCAGGUGGAUUAUGAAGGGGGGCGCCACUGGAUGAUGGACCUUUCCACCGUGCUGGGCUAUGUGGAUGUCGCCUUGCGUAAUUGUAUCGAAUUCGCAGGUGGAUCCAUGUUGUGGCUGCAACGAAACGACGUGUUGACGCGGGGCAAGCUGGCGACCUACGUCAACAGAGGCAUGCCAGGUUCUGUGGCCAUGAAACAGGCCUUGCACGAGACGCACUUGGAGUGGCGGUCUCCCUUGGCUGCCCCGCUGGUGGUGUCCUCUGGGUCUGGGUCCCCAGGGACCACCAAGCGGAAGCAAGAAAGCAGCCCUCUGCCUGUGGGCGAGGCGCCGACCAAGCGGCCGCGCACCUUGAAGGCAGAUCGAUGGCCCACAGUGAGCAUGAUCAAGGGCGGCAAGCGAUUGUGCAAGCCGUACAACGACGGCAGGGGGUGCAGCAACUCGCAGUGUGAUCAGAUGCAUGCCUGCGAUGUGAAACUGCCCAACGGAAAGCCUUGCUUGUGUGCUACCCCCGGGGACCCAUGGCUGGAGAUAGCUGCUGCGCUGCCUGCCACGCCUGUUGGACGGGUGGUCUCACUCAGGGACCCCCUGGUGGACCCCCUCCAGCGACCAGUUGACGGAGCGAGUGCUGACCGACUCCGGGCGGCAAAGCCAGUGGCAUGGCGAGGUUUGGGGGAUCUGCCCCAGUUCACGUGGGCCAAGCCGCUUGUGGGCUCAUGGCUGGUGAUCGACCUUUGGGCUGGCUUCAGUGGGCUGUGUGUGGCCCUCCUUGCGAUGGGGGUGCGUUUUCACGCAGUGGCUGCGGAAAAUGACACUUUCCCUGCCCAGGUGGCGGAGCAGAUCAUGCCGCAGGUGGAGCUGCAAGACCUCCCAGAAUGUGCGACCCUGGAGAUCGUCACGUUUCUGGAAAACGUGGCCUCUAUGCCCUGCGAAGUCAUGGACCAGUAUACAGCAUGGAUGGGCUUCCCACCUAUCCUCAUUGAUGCGGGCGCUUGCGGAUGGGUGCAACGGCGUCGGCUGCUGUGCACGGUUAGGCGGCUGCUAGAUUCUAUCAAGAUGAGAGGAGCGCGCCCAGAUGAUGGGGUUUCCUGCGCAGUGCCUUCAGGCUGUCCAGGGACCAGCCAACGCCAAAACAGUAUGCUUGGCAACGGCUUCCACCUACCGAUGAUUGUGGCACUUUUCUGCUUGCUGCCAGGUGUCUUGAGUAUGAAGGUACCGCGACCGUUGUUUGACCUCGCGGAGCGCAAGUUGCAGGAGCGUUUGGCGGGCACGGUAUGUGAACCAGGCCGCUUGCAGGUGUUCCCUGGUUUGCUUUCUAGCGACCAGGUGGUGCAAUCCAUGCAGCGGACAGUAUUCGGAUCCUUGCCAAUCUCUGCAAAUGUGUGGCAGUUGACCGCCACCCGGUUGGCUCCCUUGCCAGUGUGGCACCUGCAAGCCUUUACUGCGUGGGCAGUUGGCCGAGGCGCAUCAUGUGAUCAAUUAGGGCCCACCCCGCUGACAACUAGCCAUCGGACAGCUCUGUUUGCAGGAUUGACCGGGCAGCGCUACCCGGGCAAUUCUCGGAAGGGCCUGGACCAUUUGCUGCCGCCAGGCGUAGGCAAGGAGGAGCAUAUCAAACAGGCUGUGGGCCUGCCAUCGCCCUUUCGCCUUCGCGAGUGGCCUGAGCAAGAUGUGGAUUUCGUUCUACACGCCAUUGCAACAUGGCAGCAGGCGCUGAUCGGGUACUCUGAGCAAUGCCGCCAGGUAUUUCGACAGGUCUGCACAGCGCUGCUACCAUUGGAUGAUGAGUUGCGCAAAUUCAGGGUGCACAGUGCAGUGAAAGUGGCCGCUGGAAAAAGGCCCGCCGUUUUGGCGUUUUUGACUGUGAUCCUGCGAUGGCCCGACUUGCAGCAACCUUUGCAGAUGUUGCAGGGCUAUCCUAUUGUCGGGGCACUGGAGCCUAGUGGAGUCUUCCGAUCCAUUACUGCUCGUGAAGCUUUGCCAAAAGAGGAGUGGUUGGGGGAUGCAGCUGUGGCAGCUGUGGAGAGGAUUGAGAGCUCUCGCCCUCCGCGGUUUGCCGAGCGCAUCUAUGCUGCCACAGUUCUUGAGCAACAAAAGCAAUUUUGCUCGCCUUUCCUUACCAAGCGCUGCAUGGAUGAGCGUUUUGGCGUAGGACAGUGGCGACCGCUGCAACGUUUCUUGAUUGUGCAGCCGGAUGGAAAGGAAAGAGUCAUUGACAAUGCACGUAAGACUCUCCACAAUAGUUCAACGGCGAUGAUGGAAACGAUUUACACGGUGCACUUGGACUUCAUCCCGGCCGUUAUCAAGCAACUGGCGCACCGGCUUCAGGUGACUAGCCCAGGGGAUUGGAGUGUCUUCCACCCCUGGGCGCAUUUCCGCCUGGGUACGGAUGAUCUGCCGGAUGCAUAUCGUGGUCUGCCCGUGUGCCAAGAACAUUUGCCAUACUCUGCUGUGGCAGUCUGGGUACCCCAGCAGGGAUGGCGUUACACUAUCUUGUGGGGACUGGCCUUUGGACUCGAAAGUGCUGUAGUCUCAUUCAACCGACUGCCUCAGCUUGGCAUUGCCGCUACCAGAAGAUGCCUCUAUGGUCUUGCAGCAGCUUAUUUUGAUGAUGAGUUGGCCGUUGAAGUGGUGGCAGCAGCCGACAUUUCACAACAAGCCUUGCGGCUCUUGUUUACUAGUAUUGGCGCUCCGCCCCAGAAAGCCAAGGGAUUUGCUCCUUCACCAGAUCGCCACUACCUGGGAGCCGCGAUUCACUUGGGCUCCGUGAUGACAACGGGUUGUGUCCGUAUCCAGCCAAAAUUCGCGACGGUGGCCAAAGUUGCCGGUCGUCUCCGAGUGGCCAUUGCCAACCGUUGUCUUACCAAAGAGGAAGCUGGCAAGCUCCGGGGCGACAUCACUUGGAUGUUUUCUUUGGCGGCGGGUCACAUGGGCCGUAUCGCCCAACCUGUUCUGGCCAAGUGCAGCAAAGCUUUUGUUGUUGUAAAAGGCCCGGAUUCCUGCCUGAACUUCAUGAAGCGCAUGCAGUUGCGUUCCCUGGCCUUGGCCGGAUGCAGCAUGGAGAUUUCAGCCCAUAGCGGCAUUGGGCAACGCAACAAAAGCGGCACCCUGGAAUCUCUUGACAAAGCUGCAGAACACUUGGUAAGUUCCAUGAUGAAGCGCUGGAAGGAUGUUCCAAAAGGAAUUUCCGCCCUUUUGCCGCCCUCUGUCGAGCAACUUCAACGUCAAAGUGCCGAAUUGCCUCUGCCAUGCAGGAAUCCGGGCCUCGGUCAAGAUGCCGUGAUGGUGUCUUUUGCUAGCGCCGUGACAAGAUGCCGUGAUGGUUUUUUUAAAAAACUCAAAGACCUUUUACAACAACAAAAGCUUAGCAGUGAUGGCCCGACGCCAAUGGAUGAUGAAGAUGUUGUUACCUUGCAGGUGCUGCUACGCAUUGUCCUGGACUGUCAGCCUCGCGACGUCCAGGUGUGCGGUGUGGAUAAGGUGCCUUUGGUUAUCUACUCAGAUGCCUCUUUUGAGCAAGGAGUCCUACGCCUGGGGUGGGUAGUGAUGUGUCCGGGUACCUCCUACCAACCUCAGGGGGGGACCUGUGAGGUGCCACCAGAGGUCAUAGAUAGCUGGGUGCCUCGCCGCCAGCAGAUUUAUCCAGGCGAGGCCAUUGUGGCCCUGGUCAUUCCGGCUCUCUUGCCUGACCUACUACGAGGCCAGGAUCUCCUGUGGUUCGUCGACAAUGAGAGCGCGACCAGCACUUUGAUCCGCUGUGUCUCAUCUCAGUGUGAUGUCCACGAGAUAGCACAGUUCUCGCACUAUCUGCUGAACAGUUUGGACGCCCGGGCGUGGUUUGAAUGGAUUGACUCCGAGUCUAAUCCUAGUGAUGGGCUGAGCAGAUUAGGAUUAGCAGAUGAGUGGACACAAGCCCAGGGCUGGUCCCUCACCUCUUACACUUUUCCUCCUGGCCUCAGCCGCGGAGAAUUUCUUCAGUCCCUUCAG